AUGGCCGGCCACGUCGCAGGCUCUGUGCGCUGGACAGCCCUUCAGAACGUCACGGUCGGCGACGUCAUCUCAGCCAUGGGAUCUGAAGCCCAUAGUCACGAAGCACUGUCGCGGCAGACGCAUCUGGCAAUCCUGAUCAACGGACGAUGGCAGCCAGAAGAGCAGCCAGUCGACUGGUGCGACAGCAUGCUCGAAGACACGUGCGAGGACUUGGAGAGCAGAGACCACUCGAUUCGCGACUCCGAACAGGCGGACUUCGAGGACGGGUUCGACGACUGGGACUGGGUCGACAGUGAGAUGCAGCGCGAAGCCGAGGAAGAUGCGCGUGAGAGAGUACAGUGGAGCAAAGAAAUGGAAAUCCAGAAUGAAUACCGCCAGCGUCUCGCCAACAUGACGGUGAAGUACCUGAACAUGCAAGGUAGCGAAAUCCACACCUCGAAGCCUUAUCCACUCUGCCAUGUCGAACCGUGCGAGUCUUUCCGGGAAGCCUGGCUGCACACUUUGCACGAAGGAAACAGCCCAGAUCGCCGUCUCUCCCUGCGCCAACUACGUCUCAGACGACAAGAAAUUAAGAAGCCUAUCCCGGCGGAAACGCUGCAAUAUCGCAGCGCCAGGGAAGUCUUGCUUCACGAUUUGGACAGCGGUCCUGCAGGACCCAUCCCCCUCGACACCACGAAGCUGGUCUUGGGCGGGGGCGUGAUCACAGACACCUGGAGCUGGCGUGAACUGUUGGGUAGGAUGAGACGUGUCCCAUUUCCUUUCGUUUUCCCCCACUCGGCCAACGGCUACCUCGCCCGCUGGCCAAAAUGCAGGAUCGGGCGUUCGAGUCUUUUCCUGCAACACAGCUUGAGCAACGACGUCGUGCACGUGCAAGUUGUCUACAUCUCAGAGAAAGCCACAGGUGCAAAAUCUGAGGAUUCAGGAUUCGUUGCCAUGGCCCCUUGUCAUCGGUGCGGCUUCGGGACAAGGAGCGGCAGAGGACAGGGAUGGUGCAGCAAUCCGCAGUGCCGCCAAGCCGAAAAAGAGGAGUGCCUGGCCCAGAAGAGCGCAGAGAAAAUUGUUUGGCAGCAACAACGGGCAGCGCAGGGAGCGGGCAGUCGUGGACCCUUGCGCGAAGAGAACAGCAGAAAGGCAGAGCGCCGACAGCUGCAUGAGGAAAGGGCGCGGGCAAAGGCAGAGGAGGAAGCAGGCGGCCGUGGACCUUUGCGUGAAGAAGACAGCAAAGAAGCAGAGCGCCGACAGCUGCGUGAGGCAAGGGCGCGGGCAAAGGCAGAGGAGGAAGCGGGCGGCCGUGGACCUUUGCGGGAAGAAGACAGCAAAGAAGCAGAGCGCCGACAGCUGCAUGAGGCAAGGGCGCGGGCAAAGGCAGAGGAGGAAGCGGGCGGCCGUGGACCUUUGCGGGAAGAAGACGGCAAAAGGGAAGAGCGCCGACAGCUGCGUGAGGCAAGGGCACGGGCAAAGGCAGAGGAGGAAGCGGGCGGCCGUGGACCUUUGCGGGAAGAAGACAGCAAAGAAGCAGAGCGCCGACAGCUGCGUGAGGCAAGGGAGCGGGCAAAGGCAGAGGAGGAAGCGGGCGGCCGUGGACCUUUGCGGGAAGAAGACGGCAAAAGGGAAGAGCGCCGACAGCUGCGUGAGGCAAGGGCGCGGGCAAAGUCAGAGGAGGAAGCGGGCGGCCGUGGACCUUUGCGGGAAGAAGACAGCAAAGAAGCAGAGCGCCGACAGCUGCGUGAGGCAAGGGAGCGGGCAAAGGCAGAGGAGGGAGUGGGCGGCCGAGGGCCCAGGCCUUGA